AUGUCACCUCCAUCACAUGCACUUAUUGUGCGUUUUCCUAUCAGUCGUUCAGCCUUUCAGUCAUUAAAGUUUGUGGACUUUGGCACGCCGUACGUACACAUUCUCCCGAUUUGCUGUGAUAUUGUUAUUAUUAUUUGCUUCGAUCGUCGUUCUUUUGCGCCGACGCCGUUUCGCCGCCGAAUUACCCUUCAUGGAAAGGAGUAUUUGAAACUGGUUGUGGUAGUGCGAGUCAAGCUUCAACUAGUACCUAGUGCGAGUCAAGCUACAACCAGUAUUGCGAAUCAAGCUUCAACCAGUAUUGCGAAUCAAGCUUCAACCAGUAGUACCAGUAAAGCUUCAACCAGUAUUUGGAAUCAAGCUUCAACCAGUAUGGCGAAUCAAGCUUCAACCAGUAGUGCCAGUAAAGCUUCAACCAGUAUUUGGAAUCAAGCUUCAACCAUUAGUGCGAGUCCAGCUGCAACCAUCAGAAGUGAGAGGCAAUUUAGACUCACUUUUUUUGAAGAAUACGAUAUGCGUAACAAUUUAAAAGUAAACGUUACAAGAAUGGACAGUAUGCUUAAUAAUGCACAAAAGGACAAACUUUUUAAAUAUAAAAUAGACAACUCUAAGACAACAUUGGAAAAUGCUUUUUCUAACAUUAAUAUUAAUGUUAAAAAAUAACAAGUUUAAACAAAUGCCAAGAAUGAUGCCUCUAUUGAUUCAACAAUGAAAGAAAAUUCUGAAUCUAAAGGUAAAU